AUGCACAUCUUCUUGGCUUUCUCUCCUUAUUUCCUUCAGGACCAGCCAAGAGAAUUGCAAGUGGAGAGGCAAAAUGCAACUGAAUUUAUUCUGCUGGGACUGCUGAAUCACAGCAAAGUCCACAUGUUCUUCCUCGCUCUGAUUUUGCUUGCCUUCAUUACCGCUGUGUCUGGGAAUGCUCUCCUCAUAUUUCUAAUCCAGGUGACUCCCUCCCUUCACACCCCCAUGUACUUUUUCCUCAGCCAAUUGGCCUUCAUGGACAUCUGCCCAAGCCUGUUUAUAAUCCCCAAAAUGUCGGUGGACUUUCUGAUCCCAGGCAACACCAUUUCUGUGGCUGGCUGUGGGACUCAGGUUUUCCUCAUGUUGACCACUGGAGUGGGAGAAUGCCUUCUUCUGCCAGUCAUGUCUUAUGACAGGUAUGUAGCCAUUUGCAAACCCUUGCAAUACCCCGUCCUCCUGAGCAGACGAGUCUGCCUGCGCCUGACAGCUGCAAUAUGGAUUUGUGUAUGCAUCAAUGCUUUGAUUCAUACCAUGUAUGCCAUGCAUCUGCCCUACUGUGGCUCAAAAUACAUCGACCACUUCUUCUGUGAGGUUCCAGCCCUUCUCAAAUUGUCCUGCUCUGACACCUCCACCUAUGAGAGUCUGGUAUUUGUGAAUAGUACUAUUGUCCUCUUUAUCCCUUUUUCCAUCAUACUAGCCUCUUACAUAUACAUCCUUUCUACGGUCCUGAAGAUGAAGUCAACCACAGGACAGCAGAAAGCUCUGGCCACUUGCUCCUCACACCUGACUGUGGUGUGCAUGUUCUAUGGGGCAGCAAUGUUCACGUACAUGAAACCCAAUGCUUACUACUCAACAUGGCAGGAAAAGAUUGUAUCUGUGUUUUACUCCAUUAUCACCCCCGUUCUGAAUCCUAUCAUAUACAGCCUGAGAAACAGGGAUGUUUUAGGAGCCCUUAGGAGGCUGGUUGGAAAGUACUGA